AGUUGCUGCCUAAAUAAUUUUUGUUUUGUUUGAUUUGUUAAAGAUUUCUUUUCUGUUUCACUUUAAUAAACUUAUAUCUCAAUGAUUAAAUAUUCAGAAUUGUUACACCAAUUUGUGCUCUUAUAUCAGUAAAUAAUGGAAUCGGCAAUGAAAAGUGUAUUAAGAAGUUAUUUGCAAAAAUGUGGCGAUGGCCGAGGAUUAGAAAAAUUCCUUCGUAGGAACUCAUUUUCAAGUGAUGAACGUGAUAAUUCUACGCCAAUAGCAACAUUAUCAAAAAAUAAGACAAAAUCUUUAGAAAGUCUCAGUGAAUCAGCUAAAAAGCGUCGAUCAAAAAGUCCAAAGACAUCUAAAGAAAAUUUGAAACAAGAUGAUAUUCCUAAAGCAACUCCUAUACCUGAAGCAAAACCUACUAAAGUUGUGGUAAAACAAAGUGGAGAGAAAAAAGACAAGAAACAUCAUCAAUUUAACUACGAGUCGGUCAUUGAAAUUACUUUACCUUCUGCUCAGCCUCCAGUUCAUUCUCACUCUGACAAUAAUUCAUGUAUAAAGAAUACGACUGAAGAGAGAUUAGAGGAGCCAAUUAAGCCAAUCAUUUGCUCAAAUCUAAAACCUAAAAUUCCUUCGCAACAAAACAUCGAAACGAGUCCCAUGUCGAUUCACGAAAGUUGCGUUUCUAAUAAACAAAAUCCUAUGGAGUGGGACUCGUUCAUACCUGGAUACGAUUCAGCUGCUCAACAAAGCUUUCAGUUAUGCAAUCCGAUGGAGCUCGGAGAUGGUGAAAUAAAUGCUCUUAAAGCUUACUUCCAACAAAUUGGAUUGCAAUUACCAAAUGAAAAUUUGGUAGUUGUUAUAAAAAAUCGUUCAACGGAAACUCAAGAAGACAAAACAUUUAAUGACAUCAAAAAAACGAAAAAGAAAUGGGAAAAUAUUUACGAGAAGUAUAAAGAAAAAUAUCGAAAUCAAUCGAAUUUUGAAUUCCAAUUGCCUGAAGCACAAUCAACACCAAAGCUACAAGUGAGCAGUCAGGUCAGUAGCAAAAUAAAUGAAAAAAGUUCACAAACAAGUUUAGUGAAAAAUUUUGCUAAGAGUACGCAAGUGGAAUCAACAAAAAAAGACCCAAAAAAAUGUCAAGAAACGAUCAACAAUGAAUCGGAAGAAGUUUACCAAAUUCACAGUGAAGUCGCAGAUAGCUUCGAGUUUGUUGCUGGUUCAAUGAGGAAACCAGAACCAAAGAAUUUCUCAGAGGAAAGUUCAACGAAAUCAGCACAUUCCAAGAUAGAAUCAUCAGAUCCUCCAUCCAAAAGCACGGAGCCUUCAAGCAAAAAUAGCAAACAUUCAAUUCAACCAGAAGACAUAUCAAACUUUGAUGAUUCUCUCAAAAUCGCCAUCGCUUUACUGAAUUCUUUACUCGAAUCAAAGCGUAUGAAGCCAGAGUUGAAACGAAAUCUUGCAGGAAAAGUUAUUAACAAAAUUGUCCAAAUUCAAACUUCAAGAAGUAUGCAAACAUCAUCUUUAGGUAGCUCUGGGAUUUAUCCGCUCUCAAAUUCUUCACAACCUCCAUCAGAAGCGUUGAAGUUAGCGAAAAAACUGCCGAAGAAAAAUGAAAUGUCUGAAAAAGAAACAUCCAAACAAUCCCGUGAAGAAGUUUUUAAAGAUUGUUUAAAAUCAAUGACACAAUCAGAAUUAAAUUACAAACAUUCGCAUUAUGAUGAACCAACGAGAGGUUCAACUAAUAAAACAUCAGCACCAAAGAGCGAAUUAAUGAAUUAUGUGAAGAAAGAGAAAGAAUCGCAUUUAAAGUGGAUUGAGAAGGAAAUUGAACAUUUAAAGAAUCUUCGCGAUCUUCUCAAUCAAAAUGAGACGCCAAUAGCGAUGGAUGAGAACUGUCCGAUUUAUGAGAAUCUUUCGUUGCUUCUUGAGAAACAAAAGAAGUCAAAAGCUGCUGAAAAUAAAUGUGAAGUUGAAUCGGACACAGCUUUAUGGAAUUCUCAUGCAAAUCUCAAGAAAAUGAAAAAUCGUUCAAAACUUGGCACUCCGACAGACCAACACGCAGCACCAUCAAAUGGAGAAAGUCUAACAAGUUUUAUUGCUAACAAAAAUAGGAAAUUUAUAGAAAGAUAUGAAAAUUGUCAAAAGGUUUAUGAAGAAAUGAAACAUUACACGCAACCCUAUCAUGGUGGAAGCAGAAGAACAAAAUCAAUCAAACUAAAGUCGGAAGCAAAUAAGAAAACUCCAAUAACAAUUACAAAAUAUGCUCAAACAUCGACGUCACUUGCAUCGUCGUCAGUGUUUGAGUCAUCAGAUUCAAUGUCAUUGCCAGUCAACAACACAAACUCAAAUAAUAAAACAACAACAACGCAUUAUCAAUCUGAUAUGUUUACAAACAAAGUUAACAAGAAGAAUUGCAAAAAUGUGAAGAUUUAUUCGAAAAUUGCUGAAACGCAAACAACCAAUUCAAUAUUCAGAACGAAACCGAUUUAUGAGGCGAGAAAGAAAUCAGACGACGAUAAUAAAUUUGCGACAACAUCAACAAACGUCACGCAACGUAUAAAUCGCAUGAAAAAUGAUAAGCAGCUACAGACGCACCCGCCAUCAAUUAAGUACACGUUGUCGUUUGAUAAGAGAAGUAGGGCAAACAUACGAGAGAAUGUGCCAUUGCCGCAAAAAACUUCGAAGAAUAUUUACAAUGAAAACUACUCAGUGGCAUUGGAAAGUCGACAUAGCGAAGAUAAAGAGAAUUAUAAUACCGAUACAUUGAUAGACGAUGAUGAUGAGAUUGAUCUUCAGACAUGCUUAAACCGUAAACGACCAGAAAUUUUCAUGCGUUUCGAGGAACGUAAGAAAUGCAUCGAAGAACUUAAAAAAUUAAGAGCUUUGAGAAAUGAACAUAGAAGGAAACUUCUUCUUCUUACCUCAGAGAAAUCCUUAGAAACAAAACUUCUUUCAAGUUUACCUGAACCUCCUUUGAAAACGAAGAGAAUUUUCAGCACAAAAGCUCUCAAAUUGCAAACACAGAAGAAAUUUAAUAACUUGACUGAGGUCCAACAAAAGAAAAAAGACGAGAAUCUUAAGAAUUUAAAGAGAAAGAACCGUCUUAUGACCGAUAUCUUUAAUAAGAAAACAGUGCGUGUCUGGAACCAAGCAAGUGUUUUUAAAAACUUAACCAAGAUGCUUUAUAUAUUUAAUAUGGAUCAGGGUCGAAUGCUGACUUUCGAAAUGUCUUUAGCAUUAGAUACUGUACAGUCUUUAAUGCUAGCGGUUGAAAGACAGUAUGCGAUUCCAGCAAGUAGUCAAGUUUUGCUUGUAAGUGGUGGUGAGACGUUAAAACCUUCGAGUCGUGUAUGUACCUACUCAGCAGGGACAGAUUCAAAUCCAAUUUUUAUGUUUAGUAGCGAUUUAGAACAAAGAAAUCCACCUGCACCAUGGCCGAGUAUAGAAAAUGAUUCAGAAUUGGACAUGGAAGUAAAACGUUGUCUGGAAUUGCGUGCUGAAUAUAAAACUAUCGUUAUACGAGCUCAGUUGGCGCAAACUUACUAUGACUUAGGAAAAAAAGAGUUUAAGGUUUGCGAUAAGCUUGUUCAUGAGCAGCAUUUGCAACAUCAGGGCUGGAUGGCUGUGAUAGCAAAUUUGGAAGAUUUAACAACAGAAUUUCAAUCGCGUUGUAAUGACUUUGACAAAGUUUUUAGAGAUCACAUAGAGCGGCGAAUGGAAUAUAAAAAUUAUCUAGAAAGUUUUGAUGAAGAUAUUGAGAAAUUAUCAAAAAUUCCUAUUCUACCACCACUGAUUCAAGGAGCUGAGAAUCAACCUUUUCAUGCAUUUGAUGAAGUCUACAAUGAUGAUGAAUCAUUUGCUGAUAAUUUAGCAGAUGAAUUUAAGAAAGAAAUUAGCGCAGUGGAAGAGAGUCCACAACAAUCGACAUCGUUGUCUCAAGAAGACGAAGGUCUGAUAAUGAAAGAUUCAAAUCAAAAGUUGACUUCUUCACUGACCUUGUUACAAUGGAUUUCAUCAAGCGAAAACCAAAAGUCACUCAAGCGUAUGGCAGAAAACUGUACACGUGAAUUGGAAGUCUUCGACAAGAAUGUAAUGGACACAUUAAAAGACGAAAUCGAGAGAACGUUUGAGAGUGCUUCACGUGAAGAUAUGAAAGAGAUCAAAGGACUUGAAGAGCGUUUACGCGGUCUUGAGAGUUUAAUGUUCGAAGCAAGAAAAAUUGUUCAAGAACAAAAUGAUUUGGCUCAAGCGUUCCAACAAAAUCAAGCACGUGCAGCUAAUCUAGGCGAUCAAUCAAUUCUUCCUGAUCUCUGUGCAUCUCAUCGAAAUCAACUUAUCGUGAUGCAGAAGAAUCACAAAAGAAUGUACGACAUUCGAGUACGAUGCAGUAAAGCAAAAGAUGAGCUCGCUAAGAAUCUUUUUCAACGUCUUAAAUUCGUCAUUCAUAUCGAAAACCGAAUGUAUGAAAUUGAUAGCAAACUUCUCUUCUAUCAUACAUGUUUGCGACGUCUUCAAAAGCACUUGGGGAUCAUUGAACAGAUCCAUCAAGCACCUUGCGUUUAUGUUCAAGCAGUGACUGAAGUUGUCCGACGUCGCAUCUUUUCCUCAGCUUUUUUGAUGUGGGCAUCGAAUCUCGCAUGUCAUCUUCUGACAAUAUACAACGAUGAAGUGAUGCGUCGACAAGAAUUCAAAUAUUCGUUUGAUGGUCAUUUUCUCAAUACACUCUUUCCUGGCAUUGAAGAUUUUCCACCAAAGUUUGCAACUGAAGCGCCAUCGAUGUUUGACUCGUCAUUACCAGAUUUAACGAAAAAUGACUUGGCUGAUUUAUCAAAUUAUCUUCCAGAACUGACAAAAGCUAAUCAGUUACCUAAUCUGAGUGCCAUCAUAGAUUUUUUCUCAUCAAGAAGCUCUCACAGCAAUCAAGAAAUGACAUCAAUAGACGAAAGUGGAAAUCCAACAAAUAAAAAACUUUUAAAUGUUUUCGCACAAAUAAAAGAUUAUGAAAAAGGCUGUGAAUCAGAAACCGACACAGAGGAAUAUGAAAAGAUUGGACAAACUUCAACUGACAAGAACAAAUUAAAUCUUAACAGCAUUUGUGUUGGAACAAAUGUGGAAACUUGUGAUAUGUCAACAAGUAUGGACGUUCGUUUAACAAAGGAUGAAGAAGUGAUAACUGAUGAUAAUGUUGCUGUGGGAUUAGAAGUUGACCGGUUAAAGAAAUUACUUGGAUUGAUGCAUCAAGCAGCGCAAGAGUCAAUAAAUUUGCUUCGUCAUGAAAUCAGUACAAUCAAGUUUGAAACUACAAAUGAGAAAGAAAAUAUACAAAAAGAGUUGACAGAUUUACUUCAUUCAUGGGAAGAUUUGAAAGUUGAAGCUCAAAAUCAUGAACGUGAAAUUGUCCAACGAUUGACAGUUGAUCAUGAACUGGAAAUGAAUGAUUUAAGGCAAAGCCUUUACAUUAAAGACGAUGAAAUCAACACAUUAAAGAGCGAGAAAAAGGAACUCGAAAAGAAAAUUGAUGAACAAGAAAUGAAGUUUAAAACUGAAAAUUCAGUUCAUGAAAAGAAAACACAAGAAUUGGAGCAAAAGCGACAGGAAUUAGAGAAGAAACUUUCACAGCAAAGUGUUGAACGCGAUGCAGCAUUGAAGGAGCUCAGAGAGCGAAUGUUGACUGAUCAUCGGAAUGAAAUUGAGUCACUUCGUUGUAAGUUUAAAUUAAUGACAUCAAUGGAACGUUCACCAUCGGAUACAAGUCUUGAAAAGAUUGAACGUCCUGAUAUCAUUGACAUUUCAUCCCAUGAAGCGAUUGUCAAUCAAAUGAAAGAAAACUUUGAAGAGGAAUUGAAAGUCACUGUAAAGGCAGCAAUUGAAAAGGAACGAUCUGAAUCAACAAGAAAAGUUUCAGUGACAAGUUCACCAGGAAAAUCGCCAAUAGAAAGUCAAGAAAUCUUUAGAAGAAUUCUUGAUGAAAAAGAUCGACAACUCGACCAAAUGCGUGAACGUGAACAAUUCUUAAUGAAGGAAUCGAUGAGACUCAAGGAGACAAUUCAGUCACUCACCGACAUCGAAUUAAAUGAAAGUCAAUUAUCAAUCUACAAAGAGAAGCUUGAAGAUGCUCAAAAUGAGAAAAAGAAGUUGGAAAAGGAUUUGGAGAAAGAAAGAUCGAAACGAGCAAAAUUGAGUGCUCUUUCUCAAUGUAGUGGCGGCGUCACAGUUAAUUCAUGCUCAAAAGAUGAUCUUGUGCUUGUUGUUUGGAACAGUGCACAUGAUCAAUACACAGUUGUGCAAGACUCUUCAAUUCUCUACUUUUUACAUGCUGAAAGCUUCAAUGAUAUGAAACUUGUGUCAGUUCCACCCAACACAUAUCCAAAAGUCAACUUUUGUAUUGGAAAAGUCACCGACAAAGAAUAUUGUCAUGCAAAGAAGGAUGAGAAUCGUUAUAAAGUUAGUAAAGGCACAAAGUUUUAUCGUGUUAAAGUGCGACCACGCUCACCCUUGAUGGACAAGAGUACAACAAUCGAGAAAAAAAGAUCAAGGAAAUCAACUGAUUCUCAAAGUGAAUCAUCAAAAUCAUCGAAAAUUGAACGUCAGCCAAGUAUUCUCAUCGAUUCAUUCUCUCAAACUGAUACAAAAAAUCUUCUAUUAGAUACAGCAACGGGUGGUGUAGCAAGUAGUGACAUGGUUGAUUCAGGUGUCGAUUCGCAACAUAAAGGAAUCUUUAAAGAAAGAAAUAUUUCUUUAACGGAAGAUGAUGAAUGUUUGUCAUUUAAUGAAGAUCGUUUUCGUGAUAAAACUUUAAUUAUGAGUGAAGAGGAAGAUGAAGCUGAUAAACAAGCAAAAGCUGACGAUAAAAAGGAAGACUCUGAAGAGGUAGAUCCAGAUUGUGUACAUGAAAUGAAAUACGUUCAUACAGAUGAAUAUCAUCAUAAAGAAAAUAUAAAUUAUAAGCCAAGAACAUUUUCAUUUAAGGAUGAAAAGGAACGUCAACCUGAAUAUUGGACGACACAAGGACAAAACUUUUUAAAAGAAUUAUUAAAUAGACAGGAAAACACAAAUAAAGCUAAAAAUGUUAUUUUCUUCAUGGGUGAUGGAAUGAGCUUUGCCACAAUUGCAGCUACAAGAAUGUACAUGGGUGGUGAAGAAAUCGAAUUAUCGUUUGAAAAGUUUCCUUAUAUUGGAUAUUCUAAAACUUACUGCGUUGAUUCGCAAGUGGCUGAUUCAAGUUGUACUGCUACAGCUUAUCUUUCUGGCGUCAAAACAAACUUCGAACUUAUUGGUCUGAAUGCAAAAGCAAAGGCAGGAAAUUGUUCAGCACAUACUGAUGAAGAAAAUCAUGUUGAUUCAAUUGCAAGAUGGGCACAGAAAUCUUGUAGAAGCACAGGAUUAAUUACAACUACAACCGUCACAAAUGCUUCACCUUCAGCAAUUUAUGCUCAUAUGGGUCAUCGUGAAUGGGAAAGUGACUUCCACAUGGAACGUCACAAUUGUAACUCUUCAGAAUAUCAAGACAUAGCUGAACAACUUGUGUAUAAUGUUGAAGGUCGCAACUUGAAAGUGAUCCUUGGCGGUGGUCGUUCCAAUUUCCUCGGUGAAUCUUCCAUUGAUGAAGAAAACCAAAAAGGUAAUCGUCUAGAUGGUCGAAAUUUAAUUGAUGAAUGGAAAACAGAAAAAAGUAAAGAUGGUCAAGCAACUUAUGUAUUUGAUAAAAAUGGUUUAAGAAAUGUUGACAUCGCUAAAACUGAUUAUUUGCUUGGUCUAUUUGAACAUGGAUAUAUGAAAUAUAAUUUAGAUGUUAUUGAUAAGAACUUGCAACAUCAAGAACCAACAUUAACAGAUAUGGUCGUGACUGCCAUUAAAAUGCUACAAAAGGAAGAAAAUGGUUACUUUUUAUUUGUCGAGGGUGGAAUGAUUGAUCAAGCCCAUCAUUAUGGCUAUGCAGAAAUAGCUUUAGAUGAAACCAAGCAACUUUCUGAAGCAGUUGAAGUAGCUCGUCACAUGACAGAUACGUCGGAUACUCUUAUCGUUGUAACAUCUGAUCAUAGUCAUGUGUUUACAUAUAAUGGUCAACCACCUCGUGGCAAUGACGUGCUUGGAAUUGCUAAAGUUUCUGAUGAUGAUAACAUUCCUUAUAUGACACUUUCAUAUGCAAAUGGGCCAGGAUUUUAUGUUACACAUGAUGAAGAAGGGACUCGAAUCAAUCCUGAAACUUAUGACACUACAAAUCCAUUCCUUGUACAUCCUUCAUUAGUUCCUAUAGUCAGAGAUACUCAUGCUGGUGAAGAUGUUGGUGUUUGGGCUUCUGGUCCAAUGGCUCAUUUAUUUAAAGGACAUUAUGAACAAAAUGCAAUUCCCAUAAUUAUGGCUUAUAUAUUAGAAAUUGGUCCUUAUGCUGUUGAUGAGAAAUGUGCUUCAUGCGCUUUUAAUCCUUUAAUGUUUCUCACCAUUGCAACGAUUUUCAUUCUCAGAAUAUUCAAAUAAAAACUUUACAGUAAAAAAGAAUAAAAAAGUUUCUUU